AUGCCAGAACUAGUAAAAGUAAAAGUAAAAGUGAUAAACACAACUUUACAGACUUACCUGCAUCAUACCAAUUCCAUUUACAGUGUGUUAAAAAUACUGCUAUCAGUGACAAGCAAGAGAGCUAUCAUUGAGUCUGGCCAGAGUCCAGUACACUCAGCUGCAGAUGGAGGUCAAGUGCAAUGCCUGCAGCUCCUGAUUGACAGAGGUUUUGAUGUGAACAAUCUACUCGACCGAACCAUCUCCAGCUACUACAAUGACAAGCGUAGGAGCGCCCUUUACUUUGCCGUCUCAAAUGGAGAUGUGACUUGCAUCGAGAUGCUGUUAAAUGCAGGAGCCAAACCUGACCUGGAUCCUCUGCACUGCCUCCUAGUGGCGGUGAGAGCUGGGAGGUACGAGAUUGUCAAGAUGCUCCUGGCCAAGAAGGCGGAUGUGAACUGUUACUUCACAGUGGUCAGUGACACCACAUUUCCCACAUCUCUACAGUACUGCCUGAAGGAUGAGGAGAUGAUGCGAUUACUUCUUAAUAAUGGAUAUAAUGUAGACAAAUGUUUCCAUUGUCACCAUGAUUACCCUUUCAACAUGGGGUUACCUUGGAAGGACAUAUAUGCACACAGACCAUGUUGUGUCAUAUGUGAUGGAGAAGACAAAAUACCUUUCUGUGACUUCAUAAGUUUGUGCUGCCUGGUUCAUCUGUCUGGACAAGUGGUACUGAUCCUGCUGGACUAUGUCAACCACGUCCCCCUCUGCUCACAUCUUAGAUGUAUCCUGGAGAAACAAAAGGAGUGGGCAGAGAUAUGCACCAUCUUAAACAACCCACGAUCCCUGAAGCACCUCUGUCGUCUGGAAAUCAGAAAAUACAUGACCGUUAAAAGACUCCGUAAUAUCAUUAUAAUGGAUUCCUUUCCACCUCCAAUUAGAAAUUACCUGCUGUACAAGUAAUAUGAUGAUCU